UCUUUUCAUUUAAGCUAAUCCAAAAGACUACAAGCUAUUUAUACAUAUGCUGCUGCACUAUUAUGCAGACCAAUUGUACCCAUCAAACAUGGUUUCGUCCGAUAAAAGUAUCGAAACUCCAAAUUUUUGUUGACUUCUUAAUAAAAUUCUCAAAUUAUUCCCGCCCUUUAUCUUCAAUCUCAAUUUCAGUUUGAGUACUUUUAUCAUACUACGAAACCCAUUAGGGUAUAACAUUAGUUUUUUUCUUUGACGAGUAUUUUGUCAGUGUUCGUAAAGUUAAUAGAUACAAAUGAUUUUUUUUUUAAAUUUUAAUAGUUGAUUUUAUAAUGGUCGAUUUUAGCAUAUAAUUAGCCAGACUGAUUUUUAAAUUAGAGAAAAAGGCAUCAAUAGGGGAGUGGAAUAAUUAAGGGGGCAAGGCUACGCACAAUUUGUCUUUGACGGUGUAAAGGCAAGGAAUAAAAAAAAAAGGCAUUAGAUUUGCUCUCACCCCUUUUUCUUCAUUCCCUCCUUCAUGACCCUUCUUUCCUUCUCUUUUUUGUUUUUUAAUUUUCUCAACCUUAGCUUCUAAGUCUGCUCUCCUCCUUCUCCAAUCUCUCCCUCAAAUAUUCUCUCUCCUUUCUUUGCAUUCUUUCCCUUCCCUUCUUCAAUGGCAAGUGCAAGUGCAAUCCACACCAAACACCAAAAACUAGCACCAGAAAAAAACCAAGAUGACCCCAACAACAAGUUCUGUUACCAUUUUCUCUACAAAGCAGCCUUAGUUGCAAUCUUCUUCGUUAUCCUUCCUAUGUUUCCUUCACAAGCUCCUGACUUCAUCAACCAAUCUCUGGUAACAAGAAACUGGGAACUCCUUCACAUACUGUUUGUUGGUAUUGCAAUCUCUUAUGGCCUCUUCAGCCGUAAAAAUGAUGAGAAGGUGGAGAAAGAGAACAAUGGAACCAAGUUCGAUAACGCGCAGACGCUUGUUUCGAGGUUCCUUCAGGUGUCUUCGUUCUUCGAGGACGAAGCUGAAAUAACCCCUUCUUCUUCUUCUUCUUCUGAUGAAAGCUCCACCACCGCCGCCACCACUACUAGCAGCAACAAAGUGCAAACUUGGAACAAUCAACACUACAGGAAGGAGCCUGUGGUGGUUGUGGCAAAUCAGCAACAACCAGCACAACAUCGCUCUAAUUUCGAAAACAAGGGUGGUGGCAGUGGCAGUGGCAGCUUAGCAAGUGGUGAAGGCUCGAGAAUUAUUGGUGAGAAGCCUCUGUUUCUGCCGGUUCGAAGCUUGAAGUCUCGAUUAUGUGAUGAUCCACAUGUUGAUGAUGCUGAUGAAAUUGCUAAACCUGUUAAUGGAACAACAACAAGCUCUGUGUGUCUUAAUAGAUCAAAUUCUAAUAACAACAAGACAAUAGGAUCCAAAAGAUUGUCACCCAGUAAUUCAAUGAAGACUAGAAAUGGUGAACUUGAAGGUCCCGGUAGUCCAAGAAUUGAGGAAAACAUGAAGGACAGUAAUGUUGUGCUUCCAUCUCCAAUUCCAUGGAGAUCAAGGUCAGGGAAAGGAAUUGAAAUCCCAACAGCUCAGUAUCCUUCUUCAAUGGAGGAAUCUGAGUUCAACAAGGUGGAAUCAAGAUCAGUGAUGAGGUCCCAAACUUAUUCACGCUCAUCAAGAACAAGUCCCAUUUCAUCUGCAGAGUCAGUUGCAAAGAACUCUGAGAAGGUGAUGAGGAAGGUGGUGUUCUGCAAGUCUUGUCCUCCUCCGCCGCCUCCACCGCCGCCCAUGUUCCAGAAAUCAGUCUCUAUGAAACCAUUCAGGUACGGUUCUUCAUUCAAUGGAAGUGGUCGUUCCUUUGAUAAGGAAUUGAAGAGGAGCUUCACAAGUGAAGGGAGAAGAACUUUUAUUGCUGAUAAUAAUAAUAAGAAUAAAAUCAAGAACAAAUUCAUGCGAGAGGCAAAAGCUCCAACAAUGGAAUUAGCAGAGGAAGAAGAAGAGGAGAAAGAAGAAAGCUUCCUAGACAAGGGGAUGAUGGAAAAUGAUCAUUAUGAUGACGAGGACGAUGAGGAUGAUGAGUCCUCAGAAUAUGAAGAUGAAGAUGUUGGUAGAGAAGCAAGGAUGAUGCAGAAAGAGAAAGUGGAAAAUCUAGCACCACAUGUUGAAGAAGCUUCAAAGACUGAAGAAGAGGAAGAAGAAGAAAGUGCAGCACCUUCUUGUGACGUAGAUAAGAAAGCUGAUGAGUUCAUAGCCAAGUUUAGGGAGCAAAUAAGGCUUCAGAGAAUCGAGUCCAUCAAGAGGAGUACAAGGACUACUAGGAAAUCUUCAAGGUAAAGUUAAAAAAAUAUCUUGAAGAUCCUUAUUAUAUAAUGAGUUAUCAGAUAUCAGAUGUUAGUAAAAAGAGUGGAUGUUUUGUUUCCACAGUUUUAUUAAGCUUGUAAUUUAAUUUGGAUCUGGAUUCUUCUCCUA